GGCUGAGGAGGAAAGAUGGCGGCCGCGGCUGCGGCGGGCGCGGCGUCGGGGCUACCGGGCCCGGUAGCGCAGGGCCUGAAGGAGGCGCUGGUGGAGACGCUCACCGGGAUCCUGUCGCCCGUGCAGGAGGUGCGGGCGGCGGCCGAGGAGCAGAUCAAGGUGCUGGAGGUGACGGAGGAAUUUGGUGUUCACCUGGCAGAGCUGACAGUAGAUCCCCAGGGGGCUCUGGCAAUUCGUCAGCUGGCAUCAGUCAUUUUGAAGCAGUAUGUGGAGACUCACUGGUGUGCCCAGUCAGAGAAGUUUAGGCCUCCUGAAACUACAGAAAGGGCAAAAAUUGUUAUCCGGGAGCUCUUGCCCAACGGGUUGAGAGAAUCAAUAAGCAAGGUGCGCUCCAGUGUGGCCUAUGCAGUGUCUGCCAUUGCCCACUGGGACUGGCCUGAAGCCUGGCCCCAACUCUUCAACCUGCUCAUGGAGAUGUUGGUGAGCGGAGACUUAAAUGCAGUCCAUGGAGCCAUGCGAGUGCUGACAGAAUUCACUCGGGAAGUAACAGACACACAGAUGCCACUUGUUGCUCCUGUCAUUCUCCCAGAGAUGUAUAAGAUCUUCACUAUGGCCGAGGUGUAUGGUAUUCGAACCCGUUCCCGAGCUGUGGAGAUUUUUACCACUUGUGCCCAUAUGAUCUGUAACAUGGAGGAACUGGAAAGGGGUGCAGCCAAGGUCCUGAUCUUCCCUGUGGUGCAGCAGUUCACAGAGGCCUUUGUUCAGGCCCUCCAGAUACCAGAUGGCCCCACGUCUGACAGUGGCUUUAAGAUGGAAGUCCUAAAGGCAGUGACAGCCCUGGUGAAAAACUUCCCCAAGCACAUGGUGUCCUCCAUGCAGCAGAUUCUGCCUAUUGUUUGGAACACCCUAACUGAGAGUGCAGCUUUUUAUGUGAGGACAGAAGUAAAUUACACAGAGGAAGUAGAAGAUCCUGUGGAUUCUGAUGGUGAAGUCCUGGGCUUUGAAAAUCUUAUCUUCAGCAUUUUUGAAUUUGUCCAUGCUCUGCUAGAAAAUAGCAAAUUCAAAAGCACUGUUAAGAAAGCCUUGCCUGAGUUGAUUUACUAUAUUAUCCUGUACAUGCAAAUCACUGAGGAACAGAUUAAAGUAUGGACGGCCAACCCCCAACAGUUUGUAGAAGAUGAAGAUGAUGACACUUUCUCCUACACUGUUAGGAUUGCAGCUCAAGACCUCGUGCUGGCUGUGGCCACUGAUUUCCAGAAUGAGAGUGCAGCAGCCCUGGCUGCUGCAGCCACUCGGCAUUUGCAAGAAGCUGAGCAAAACAAAAACAGCGGCACUGAACAUUGGUGGAAGAUCCAUGAGGCGUGCAUGCUUGCCCUAGGCUCAGUGAAGUCCAUCAUCACUGACAGUGUGAAAAACGGCAGGAUCCAUUUUGACAUGCAUGGGUUCCUGACCAAUGUCAUCCUUGCAGACCUCAACCUCUCAGUUUCUCCAUUCCUCUUGGGCCGGGCACUUUGGGCUGCCAGUCGGUUCACUGUUGCUAUGUCCCCUGAAUUGAUCCAGCAGUUCCUGCAGGCAACAGUUAGUGGUCUUCAUGAGACACAGCCCCCGUCAGUUCGCAUUUCUGCUGUGAGAGCCAUCUGGGGUUAUUGUGACCAACUGAAGGUCUCGGAGAGCACCCACGUGCUCCAGCCCUUCCUCCCCAGCAUCCUGGAUGGCCUCAUUCACCUAGCAGCCCAGUUCAGCUCAGAGGUCCUCAACCUGGUGAUGGAGACCCUGUGCAUCGUGUGUACGGUAGACCCAGAAUUCACAGCAAGCAUGGAAAGCAAAAUCUGCCCCUUCACCAUCGCCAUUUUCCUGAAGUACAGUAACGAUCCUGUCGUCGCCUCACUGGCUCAGGAUAUCUUCAAGGAGCUGUCCCAGAUUGAAGCCUGUCAGGGCCCAAUGCAGAUGAGGCUGAUUCCCACUCUAGUCAGCAUAAUGCAGGCCCCAGCAGACAAGAUCCCAGCAGGGCUCUGUGCGACAGCCAUUGACAUCCUGACCACAGUAGUGCGGAAUACGAAGCCUCCCCUUUCCCAGCUCCUCAUCUGCCAAGCUUUCCCUGCUGUGGCACAGUGCACUCUUCACACAGAUGACAACGCCACCAUGCAGAAUGGUGGAGAGUGCUUGCGGGCCUAUGUGUCAGUGACGCUGGAGCAGGUCGCCCAGUGGCAUGAUGAGCAGGGCCACAAUGGGCUGUGGUACGUGAUGCAAGUAGUGAGCCAGCUCCUGGACCCCCGCACCUCGGAGUUCACUGCAGCCUUUGUGGGCCGCCUUGUCUCCACCCUCAUCUCCAAGGCAGGGCGGGAGCUGGGGGAGAAUCUGGACCAGAUCCUUCGUGCCAUCCUCAGUAAGAUGCAGCAGGCAGAGACGCUCAGUGUCAUGCAGUCUCUCAUCAUGGUGUUCGCUCAUCUGGUGCACACUCAGCUGGAGCCCCUCUUGGAGUUCCUGUGCAGCCUUCCGGGCCCCACUGGCAAACCUGCCCUGGAGUUUGUGAUGGCGGAGUGGACGAGCCGACAGCAUCUAUUCUAUGGACAAUAUGAAGGCAAAGUCAGUUCUGUGGCCCUGUGUAAGCUGCUCCAGCAUGGCAUCAACGCGGACGACAAGCGGCUGCAGGAUAUCCGCGUGAAGGGAGAGGAGAUCUACAGCAUGGAGGAGGGCAUCCGCACCCGCUCCAAGUCAGCCAAAAACCCUGAGCGCUGGACGAACAUUCCUUUGCUGGUCAAGAUCCUAAAACUGAUCAUCAACGAGCUCUCCAAUGUCAUGGAGGCCAACGCAGCUCGCCAGGCAGCUCCUGCUGAGUGGAGUCAAGAUGACUCCAAUGACAUGUGGGAGGACCAGGAGGAGGAGGACGAGGAUGAGGAGGACGGCUUAGCUGGCCAGCUCUUGUCUGACAUUCUUGCUACAAGUAAAUAUGAGGAGGAUUACUACGAGGAUGACGAGGAAGAUGACCCUGAUGCCCUGAAGGAUCCUCUCUAUCAGAUUGACCUGCAGGCAUACCUCACAGACUUCCUCUGCCAGUUUGCUCAGCAGCCCUGCUACAUAAUGUUCUCAGGCCACCUUAAUGACAACGAGAGGCGGGUUCUGCAGACCAUUGGCAUCUAAAGAGCGGAGCCUUUCCACAUUUGCUCCUCCUCCUGGCCCAGCCACAAACCAUUUUGCAGCCCUUCCCGGCCUUAAGAUGCACUUGCUCCUCAAUCUGGAGUGGCCUCCUGACUCUUGGCCCUCGGCCUUCACAGAAUGACACUGACGACAAUUCAGACCAAGCUCACCAGUGCUGUCACCUAGGAAUGAUGAAACAAAGGACAUUUCUCAAAGUCCCCCUGAAGAUAUCCCAUCUCUAGAACCCUUUUCUGCCCAACUGUGCCCCACCUCUGCUCCAAGAGUCCUCUGCUGGCUAGUCCAGAAACAUAUUGCCCAGAAGGAAUCUGUGUUCAUGGAUUAUUUGCCGCACCUCAGGAGCACAGGAAGUCAUGACUAUUUAUAUUCUGAAACAGACCUGUUUCAUAGGACGUCUGAUGUGUUCAGAUAGGAAUGCCCUUGAGAGGUACUGCUGCUUCUGCCUCUACCACAGAUGCUCUGGGUUCUCAGUAGGAGCGAGAGGAAGCAGCGACAUUCUCAGCCCUCUCCGGUGACCUCUCCUUGUUCCCUCCUACAACACUAAGGCUCCCUGUCUGUCAAAGGAAGUCAUCUUGUUCUUGCCUCAUUGCAUGAUUCAGCCCCUCCCCCAAGCUGUUCCUGUGUAUACAUGCGCACACACAAGAUAAGCCAGACAGAUGGCAAUCUGUUUUUUCUUUUUUAGGGAAAAAAAAUAGGAAAAACAGAUUUGUUUAAAAGUCCCCCUAACCCAACUCUAUUUAAUAUGCCUCUCCCACACGUUACCACCCAGCCUGAUAUUCAAAGGUUACCCCUCUCCCUCAGGAAUCCUCUCAAGUGGUUAAGUUGUAGCCCUCAAAUUUGCAAUGUGUAUUUUUCUAGGAGAGUAAAGUAAUCUUUACAAAUGAAUUUAGUCCGCAUGGUAUCAGGUGUCUCAGCACCUCUACCUUCUAGGAGGAA